AGGGCAUCAACGUGCACCCUUAUUUGAUAUGAUUGAUCUUAAAAAUUGGGUGUGUGAUGAGCUACAUGUAAUGCUUCGCACUACAUAUCAACUUUUUGAACUAUUUUUAUCUGAUUUGCAACGAAAUGGAGA